AUGCUCCGAUCCUCCUCGCCGCAGACGCUAGACGGCGUCCUGUGGGCCGAGGCCGCCUUCUCGGCCGCCCUCUGCCAGUACUAUGCCCUCCCCAAGAAGGGCAAGCCGCAGGGGCGCGAGUCCACCGUCCUCGCUGCCUUCCUGCUCUCUUCCCCGGAAAACCCACUGAACCCCACCAUCCUAUCCCUCGCCACUGGCACCAAGUGCCUCGGCGCAGCACGCCUCGGACCUCGUGGUGACAUCGUCCACGACGCCCACGCUGAGGUCAUCGCCCGCCGUGCGCUCCUCCGCCUCAUUUAUGCCGAGAUUGGCACAGACAACCCACCAAGUUGGCUGGUUGCCUCUGGCGCUGAUGGGCGGUGGAGGCUCAAGGACGGGCAUCAGCUGCAUCUCUACAUCACGCAGCUCCCCUGUGGGGUCAUGCCGGUGCCGCCAUCACCCUUGGAGGUUCGGAGGGAACAGCUGGAUACCAUGGUGAAUGGAUGCAGUGAUGUUGGUUUCGUUCAGAGGAAGCCUGGGCGUGGUGAUACAACAUUGUCAGUGAGCUGUUUUGACAAAAUUACUCGCUGGUGUGUCGUCGGGAUUCAAGGUGCACUGCUGUCACACAUUCUCGAACCCUUGUAUUUGUCCACAAUUACCAUUGGACAAUCAUCUGAUGGUGCACCUGAAGGGUUUUGUAUUGAAGAUAACGUUGUAAAAGUUCUUGGUGCUCGUUUGUCCUGUCUAUCCAGUAAAUUCCCUGACCCUUUCAAACCGAACAAGCCACUCUUUUUUGAGGCACCUGUUCCCCCUAAAGAAUUUCAACAGACUUCAGGAGAUAUACCGCCUUUGACUUGCGGGUACUCAAUGUGCUGGAAUAAAUCCGGUUUGCAUGAAGUUGUUUUAGGAACAACUGGAAGAAAACAAGGUACAUCUUCAAAGGCAGCAUCCUCACCCUCCACUGAGUCAUUGCUCUGCAAGAUAAGAUUGGCAGAGGCCUUCGUAUCACUUGAACAUCCGUUAGUCACAAAAUUCCGGCAUGAGAAGCUUUCUUAUCGUGCAAUUAAGGAUAUGGCUUGUGAGUACCAGCAGAUGCUUGAGCUUCUUAGGAAGGCUCCGUUUUUUGCCCGGUGGCGUGCUAAGCCAGCAUCGGUUGAUUCAUUUACAGUUCCACGUUGA